CAAAUCAUGUGGCAAAAUAUUAAGCAGCUUUCAGAGACUUGCUUCUCAUACAUGUGAACUUAAAAAAUAUGACACAAAAGAAAUGAACAACAAUACAGUGAAGAAAUCACGUGAAAAAGAUGACAAAAAGAACACAGAUAAAGUGAAUACAUUGGACAAAAAAACAUACGAAAAAAAUGAAAAUCAACAAACUCAUGCAUCUUCACACACAUCACAAUCAUGUGUAAUAAUUGGAGGGACUCAAACAAAACCAUUAUUUGUUCCUAUAAGAGCCGAUUGGCAGAGAAAUGCAGCUUUGCACUACAACCUUAAUGGAAAAAUUUCAUUUGACAGAAACUUUAUCAGUCAAGAGUUGGAUGCACCAUCCAGAAUUCAGCCAAUUAUUGGAGAUGGAAAUUGUUUUUUUCGUUGUAUCUCUUACAUUGUCAGCGGAUGGGAAAAACAUUUUCAUUUCUUCAGGUCAAAGUUAAUACAACAUAUGCAAUUGAUUAGCCAGCUUUGUACACCUCUUCUUAACAGAAAUGAAGAUGUUGAUCAGUAUAUUGCCAGAACAAAGAUGGCCACAAACAACACAUGGGCUACACAGACUGAAAUUUUUGUCAUGUCACACCUUCUGAAAACAGACAUAUUCAUUUACACAAAUUCUGGAAAUAACUACCAGUGGUUGAGACAUUCAGGGCAAUUCUUAGACAGAAAUAUGGUUGUUCAUAAUCAGUGUAUCUAUUUGAAUCAUCAUAAUAGAAACCAUUAUGAGGUGGUUUUGGAAGUAGCAAAAAAUUCUAUACCAGAAAAUUUUCAAAAGGAAACAAUAUACAAAGAAUUGCAAAACCAAUCGAAUAAAGCACAACAACAUUUACAAAGUGGGACCCAGACUCUAAUUUAUACUGAACAGAAGACAAAUAUUGAUAUUGAAAACUGUGACAAACAAACAAAUAUUUCUAAACAAGAAAAGAACCGCUUAAAGGUACUAAAAUGGAGAAACCAAGGUAAUAAUAGAAAAGAGGAAAACAAAAGAAAAAGAAACAAUUCCACCAAUAGAGGCAGAAAAAGAAAUAAAACAAAAGAAAAGAAGCUCACAAGAAGCAAGAGAUGAGGAAAACAGAAGAAAGAGAAACAGUUCUGCCAAUAGAGAGAAAAAAAAGGAAAGGAAACAUUAGAAAAGACAAUCACAAGAAGCAAGAGAUGAGGAAAACAAAAGAAAGAGAAACAGAUCUGACAAUAGAGAGAAAGAAAAAAAAUUAAACAACUGAAAAGAAGCUCACAAGAAGCAAGAGAUGAGGAAAGCAGAAGAAAGAGAAACAGUUCUGCCAAUAGAGAGAAAGAAAAAAUAAAAUAAACAACAGAAAAGAAGCUCACAAGAAGCUAGAGAUGAAGAAAACAGAAGAAAGAGGAACAGUUCUGCCAAUAGAGAAGCAGAAAAAGAAAUAAAACAUCAGAAAAGAAGCUCACAAGAAGCAAGAGAUGAGGAAAACAAAAGAAAGAGAAACAGUUCUGCC